AUGACUUCCGCCGCCGUGGGCACAGAUGCUCCAUACGAGCUGCCAUGGGUCGAAAAAUAUCGACCACAGGUCUUGGAUGAUGUUGUUGGAAACGAAGAGACGAUUGAUCGGCUCAAAGUCAUUGCAAAAGAGGGAAAUUGUCCUCAUAUCAUCAUCUCUGGCUUGCCUGGCAUUGGCAAAACGACGAGUAUCCAUUGCCUCGCACACCAGCUCUUGGGACCUGCCUACAAAGAGGGUGUUCUCGAGUUGAAUGCUUCUGAUGAACGCGGUAUAGACGUUGUUCGCAGUAAAAUCAAGUCUUUUGCGCAGAAAAAGGUUACGCUACCCCCAGGUCGCCACAAAAUUAUCAUCUUGGACGAGGCAGACAGCAUGACGGCAGGAGCACAGCAAGCUCUGAGAAGGACGAUGGAGAUAUUUUCCAACACGACCCGUUUUGCACUGGCUUGUAAUCAGUCCAACAAGAUCAUCGAGCCCAUUCAGAGUCGAUGCGCAAUCCUACGGUUCACAAAGCUUUCAGACGCACAGCUCAUGAAGCGCUUGCUCGAGAUAUUAGGACUCCAGGUUCAGUACAACGAAGACGGUCUCAAGGCGUUGAUCUUUACCUCGGAGGGAGACAUGCGUCAAGCAAUCAAUAACCUACAAUCAACCCACUCGGGCUUUGGAUUUGUCAACGGUGACAACGUUUUCAAAGUCUGCGACCAGCCGCACCCGCUCAUUGUUCAGGACCUCAUCCGCUACUGCGUGAAAGGCAAUAUUGAUAGAGCUAUGACACAACUCAACAAACUUUGGGAUGAUGGGUAUGCAGCCGUUGAUAUCGUCGUGACUGUUUUCCGAGUCGUAAAGUCCUUCGACGAAUUACCUGAAUAUACCAAGCUUGAGUACAUCAAAGAAGUCGGCUUUGUGCAUAUGAGAGUUUUGGAAGGCGUUGGCACUCUGGUGCAACUUGCUGGUCUCGUGGCUCGACUUUGUAAACUGAAUAUGAAACCUGCCCAGUUCAAGAUAUAG